GGCAUGGCUAAGAAUGGCAGUGAAGUGGAGAUCGAUGAAGGCCUGUACUCCAGACAGCUCUACGUGCUUGGGCACGAUGCCAUGAAGCGCAUGCAGUGCUCCAACGUGCUCAUCUCCGGCCUGCGGGGGCUGGGUGUGGAGAUUGCCAAAAAUGUCAUCCUGGGCGGAGUCAAGAGUGUCACCCUGCACGACCAGGGCCCUGCCGAGUGGAGGGAUCUUUCUUCUCAGUUUUACCUCCGCGAGGGGGACCUGGGGAAGAACCGUGCCGAGGUGAGCCAGGCCCGCCUGGCGGAGCUGAACAGCUACGUGCCCGUGGUGGCGUACACCGGCCUUCUCUCCGGGGACUACCUCGCCCAGUUCCAGGUGGUGGUCCUGACCUGCUCCAGUCUGGAUGAGCAGAGGCGUAUUGGGGAGCUAUGCCACAGCAAGGGAAUCAAACUCAUCAUCGCCGACACGCGCGGCCUGUUUGGUCAGCUGUUCUGUGAUUUCGGGGAGGACAUGCUGGUUUUCGACACCAACGGGGAGCAGCCCCUCAGUACCAUGGUCUCCAUGGUAACAAAGGACAGUCAAGGUGUGGUGACGUGUUUGGACGAGGCUCGGCAUGGCUUUGAAAGUGGCGAUUAUGUCACAUUCACAGAGGUGCAGGGAAUGACUGAGCUCAACAGCGCCAAGCCUAUGGAGAUUAAAACCCUGGGACCCUACACCUUCAGCAUCUGUGACACCACCUCCUUCUCCGACUACAUCCGAGGCGGUAUCGUCUCUCAGGUCAAGAUGCCCAAGAGGAUCUCCUUUAAAUCUCUGUCAGCCUCGAUGGCAGAUCCAGAGUUUGUGCUGACGGACUUCGCUAAAUUUGACCGGCCAGGCCAGCUGCACCUGGGCUUCCAGGCCCUCCAUGCCUUCCAGAAGAAGCACAGCCGUCUGCCCAAACCCUGGAACCAGGCAGAUGCAGAGGAGCUGGUGCUCCUGACUAAGGAGCUGAACGAGAGCCAGUCUGGGGCUGCCAAGCAGGAGCAGCUGGAUGAGGGGGUCCUACGGAAGCUGGCCUACGUUUCGGCGGGAGACCUGGCCCCCGUCAAUGCCUUUAUUGGGGGCCUUGCGGCACAGGAGGUCAUGAAGGCCUGCACAGGGAAGUUCAUGCCCAUGAUGCAGUGGCUGUAUUUCGAUGCUCUGGAGUGCCUGCCAGAUGGGGAGGGGCCCCUACCCACAGAGGAGGAGUGUGCACCUAGGAGCUGUCGCUAUGAUGGACAGAUAGCUGUGUUCGGCUCCAAGCUGCAGGAGGAACUGGCCAAACGGAGAUACUUCCUGGUGGGUGCGGGCGCCAUUGGCUGCGAGCUGCUGAAGAACUUUGCCAUGAUUGGCUUGGCCUGCGGGGAGGGCGAGGUCAUCGUCACCGACAUGGACACCAUCGAGAAGUCCAACCUCAACCGCCAGUUCCUGUUCCGGCCUGGUGACGUGUCGAAGAUGAAGAGCGAGACGGCGGCGGCGGCGGUCAGGCAGAUGAACCCGUCCAUCCGGAUCAGCAGCCACCAGAACCGCGUGGGGCCCGACACCGAGCGCGUCUACGACGACGACUUCUUCGAGAGCCUGGACGGCGUGGCCAACGCGCUGGACAACGUGGACGCCCGCAUGUAUAUGGAUCGCCGAUGUGUGUAUUACCGGAAGCCUCUGUUGGAGUCCGGGACGUUGGGGACCAAGGGGAACGUGCAGGUGGUGAUCCCGUUCGUGACCGAGUCCUACAGCUCCAGCCAGGACCCCCCUGAAAAGUCCAUCCCCAUCUGCACCCUCAAGAACUUCCCCAACGCCAUCGAGCACACCCUGCAGUGGGCACGUGAUGAGUUUGAAGGCCUUUUCAAGCAGCCAGCUGAGAAUGCGAUGCAGUACCUCACAGACCCUAAGUUCAUGGAGCGGACUCUGAAGCUGCCGGGGGCGCAGCCGCUGGAGGUUCUGGAGGCGGUGUACCGCAGCCUGGUGGCGGACUGCCCCCACAGCUGGGAGGACUGUGUGACAUGGGCCCGUAACCACUGGCAACAGCAGUACAGCAACAACAUCCGCCAGCUGCUGCACAACUUCCCCCCGGACCAGCUCACCAGCUCAGGAGCUCCGUUCUGGUCCGGACCGAAGCGGUGCCCCCACCCACUGGAGUUCAGCACCAGCAAUGACCUGCAUAUGGACUACAUCCUGGCCGCUGCAAACCUGUUGGCGCAGUCGUACGGUCUGCCCGGCUCUACGGACCGUGCCAGCCUGGCACGGCUGCUCCAGAAGAUCACUGUACCCACCUUCACCCCCAGGUCAGGGGUCAAGAUCCACGUCUCCGACCAAGAGAUGCAGAAUUCCCACGCCUCUGUUGAUGACUCCAGACUGGAGGAGCUGAAGGUGGUCCUCCCCAGUGCCGACGCUGUGUCCCAGUUCAAGCUCUGUCCCAUUGAGUUUGAGAAGGACGAUGACUCAAAUUUCCACAUGGACUUCAUCGUGGCGGCCUCAAACCUGCGAGCGGAGAACUACGACAUCCCCCCCGCGGACAGGCACAAGAGCAAGCUGAUCGCGGGCAAGAUCAUCCCAGCCAUCGCCACGACGACAGCGGCGGUGGUGGGCUUGGUGUGCCUGGAGCUGCUGAAGUUGGUGCAGGGGCACCAGCGGAUCGAGUCCUACAAGAACGGCUUCAUGAACCUGGCGCUGCCCUUCUUCGCCUUCUCCGAGCCCAUCGCCGCUCCCAAACACAAGUACUACGAUGUGGACUGGAGCCUGUGGGAUCGCUUUGAGGUGAAAGGCAUGCAGCCCAACGGGGAGGAGAUGACCCUCAAACAGUUCCUGGACUACUUUAAGAAUGAACACAAGCUGGAGAUCACCAUGCUGUCACAGGGUGUGUCUAUGCUGUACUCCUUCUUCAUGCCUGCUGCCAAACUUAAAGAGAGGCUGCAGCUGCCGAUGACGGAGAUCGUGACGAAGGUCUCUAAGAAGAAGCUGGGGAAGCACGUUCGGGCGCUGGUGUUCGAGUUGUGCUGUAACGACCUGAGCGACGAGGACGUGGAAGUGCCCUACGUCAGAUACACCAUCCGCUGAGGCUGUGGGCGGGGCCCGGGGGCCAGGGAUCGGGAUCUGUGGGGAGGAGCUUGUGAGCAUGAGGGGGAAAAGAUCAUGGAUGCGUAUCUGACAGAGCAGCCAAAAAGUGUCUUGGUGGGAGAAAUCAGGUGUGGGAAAUGGAUAGCUUGAGCCAGUAAAUGUAUUAUUAUUUUUUUAAAUCAACAUUUGUGAUUCCCCCCCCUUCCCCAUACCUCCACAGCCAAUGAAACCAUGAGGGUGAGACAGAGGGAAUUGGAUAUUUCAUAGUUUCAUGUAGGAAAGAUGUGUGGGAACCUCUCUGAUCAGGUGGAUUAUGUCUGAGGAGCAUGUUCUUCAGACCUUAAACAGUACUGUUUUUUUAUUUUAUUUACUGUGUAGCUACACUGUAGUAUAUCACAUCAUAUGCCUACACUCAUACAUGUUGUGUUCCUUUAACCUACUGUUCUUAUUACAGAAGCCGACUCCUGCAAAUAUCUUUUUCCCUCCUUGCUUUUUUUUUUUGUGGGGAUGCAUCCAUCUGCUUUGGAUUUUUGACCCUCCCUCACCCAAAUGAAAAUGUUGCAGAUUUAUGACCGCACCAAAAAAUGUAUGCUGUGGAAGACGUAUUUAAAAAUAAAUAAUAAUGAAAUGGAGCACAUGCGUACUGCGGUCCGAUUUUUAUUCCUGAAUUAUUGCCAUGGGAGCCGAUAUGGAAGGAACCGUAGGUGUCUGGUGCAUUGAGGGUGCUCUGCCCGCCACACCCCUGCACACCUGCAGGUGGCGCUCUUGUUGGCUUUGUGAAUGUUACUUUUCCUGGCUUUGGCUGGGACCCGUGCCCCAUUAUUUGCUUUUGUCUUGUUUUUAUGCUUUUUAUUUUUUGGGGGUGAUGGGUGGGGUGAGUGAACCUUGUAGAACAUGAUCUCUGUAUUCUUUCUACUUUGUUUAAAACUAAAAAAAAUAAUUAAAAAAAUACAGUAAAAAAAAAAAAAAAUAGAAAAACGGUUAAGGAUAUUCUGUAAUGGGAGCACUUAGUGUGAUCAUGAAUAAAGCUGUUAAAGACUUGA